CCAAGUAACGUAACUGUCUACCUUACCUUGUUGUGGCGACAGACUCAGAGCGAGAGAGAUGGAGAGCGCCACUGAUGCACAGGGGGCCUUAAACCUAAACCCUAGCAAUGUGAGACCGGAAAAUGUGGAAGAGAAGCCAAAAUUGGUGGUGAUUAUGGGUCCCACGGGCUCGGGGAAGUCAAGGCUGGCCAUUGAUUUGGCGUCCAACUUCCCCAUUGAGAUCAUCAACGCUGAUUCCAUGCAGGUCUACCAAGGCCUGGAUGUUCUCACCAACAAGGUUCCCCUCCAUGAACAAAAGGGAGUGCCGCAUCAUCUUUUGGGGACUAUAAGCCCAAACGUGGAAUUCACGGCCAAGGAUUUUCGAGAUUCUGCUAUUCCUCUCAUCAAUGAUAUAUUGUCUCGCAACUGCAUCCCAGUCAUAGUUGGGGGUACAAAUUAUUAUAUCCAGGCUCUUGUAAGUCCAUUCCUCUUAGACGAUUCAGCAGAAGAUACUGAUGAAAGCUGUUUACAUGGCCCCCCUGCAGAAGAACAGCAAGAUAAUGAGCUGGAUUUUGGGAGUAACAAUUUGGACUAUAGUUACGACCAUCUCAAAGACAUUGAUCCAGUUGCAGCGAACAGAAUCCAUCCGAAUAAUCAUAGAAAAAUUAGUCAAUACCUCAAUUUGUAUGCUCGCUCUGGUGUUCCCCCUAGCGAACUUUUUCAGGAAAAGACUGCUGAGAACUGGGGUCGAGUUGAUAAUUUUAGAUACAAUUGCUGUUUUAUAUGUGUGGAUUCUUCUCUCCCUGUAUUGGACCGGCAUGUGGAACAAAGAGUUGAUUGCAUGAUAGAAGCUGGAUUGCUUAAUGAAGUCGUGGACAUUUACAGACCAAAUGCAGAUUAUACUCGUGGUCUGAGACAAGCCAUAGGUGUUCGGGAGUUUGAAAUUUUUUUGAGAGAUUGUACUUUCGAAGGCAAGGGUGAUGAAGAAAGUGAUUCAACUGAUUGGUCCCUCUCCGUGAAGUCAAUCAAUGAGGAUAACAGAGUGUUGAUGGAGAAUAUUGGGGUUAUCUUGGAUCUCUUCAAUGAUAAGCAGCCCAAAAUUCUGCUAAAACAAGCCAUUGAGAGAAUGAAAUUAAACACCAGAAGACUUGUUCAUCGUCAAAAAAGGAGGCUAAAUCGGCUGCAAACAUUGUUUGGAUGGAACAUACAUAUUGUUGAUGCAACGGAAUCCAUAUCAUGCAAGUCAGAUGAUUUAUGGGCUUCACGAGUGGUCGAACCCGCAGCAAAAAUUAUUAGAUCUUUCCUUGAUGAGAAUGGUAGCUCAAUGGCUCAAAAUAGGAUGAGUGAGAAAUUAAUCCAGAGGGACUUGUGGACUCAAUAUACAUGCAAGGUCAGCAAUAUGCUUGUGGGGAUCAAGUGCUUAGAGGAUUACAUGAAUGGGAACAACACAAACAGGGGCGUUGUCAUCGUAAACGUAUUUCGCGGCUUAGGAAGUCUCGAGGUUUUUACUUGCAGGAGCAGCAACAUCCCUGACUGUAGCUAGAAACCUUGAAUGUUCAGUAUCAUGAUUAUCAUCCAUCCCUUCCUUUCAAGGUGGUAUAUUUGUUGUUCAUGGUUGGAUGACAUUGAACGGCAUGAACAGGGAUGCUGUGAGAUUGUAGAGGAUUGCCAUGGAAGUACCAUACAUAUGGAUAACAGUUGAGGUGAAAACUGUUUUCUUUUUAAUAGUGAUAAUUGCCAAU